AUGACAGUGGCAGCUGCCGAGCUGGCUGAUUUAUCGAUCUGGACACACUCCAUUAUUAUAUGCGACAUAACCACCGGCACUGGGCAGACCAACCAUUACAUCACAGUGCAAAUGCAGCAGUCGCAGGCCUCGUCACCGCAAUCACAGCCAAAGCAUGGUUUCGAGACGGACUUGAUGGGCUUUUUAAUAGAGGAACCGGACCCGGAGUCGGGAAGGGUAAAGUUGACGGGCGAGGAGAUGGAGCUGGCUGCCAUUUUUACUCGUAUGGCAGAAGACAGGAUGCAGAUCACUGUCGAGGUCAAUGGGUAG